UGUUUCGAUUGUCGAUUUAUCUUCCCUUUCCAGGCCACACGGCAGCGCGCAGUUUAUCUCUAACAACUAAAUGUGGAGAAACUAAUCCAUUUGAUCUCGUGUGCAUGUGAAGAAUCGUUAGUCCGUGCGUAAAUAUCACGAUUAGUAAAUCUGGCACAAGUCGGUUUUAUUUGGGGUUUAUUAAAACGACAGAAGAAGCACGGAGCCCGGAAUAACUUUUGUUUGUGUUUUCCAAGAUGGCGGCUGGAAUGUAUCUGGAGCACUAUCUGGACAGUAUAGAGAACCUUCCAUUUGAGCUUCAAAGGAAUUUCCAGCUCAUGCGAGACUUGGAUCAGAGAACUGAAGAUCUGAAAGGACAGAUCGAUUCCCUCGCUCGCGACUACACGGCAAACGCCCGGACCUUGUCCUCCGAGCAGAAACUGUCUCUCCUGAAGCAGAUCCAGCAGUCCUACGGGAAGUGCAAAGAGUUCGGGGACGACAAGGUCCAGCUGGCCAUGCAGACGUACGAGAUGGUGGACAAACACAUCCGGAGGCUGGACACAGACUUGGCCCGUUUCGAGGCAGACCUCAAAGAAAAACAGAUCGAAAGCACAGACUACGAUUCUACCUCCAGUAAGGGAAACAAGAGUGACCUUCGGGGCCCGAAGGAGAAAAAGGUGUCCCGCACCAGGUCAAAGGUCAAAAACUCCGACGACGACUGCAGUCCUAAGAGCGGCCAGAAGAAAGUCAAGCUAAUGCAAACAAACGAGUUCUCAUCUCCAGCUGUGAAUUUCGGCAACGUUCACCCCUCGGAUGUGCUGGACAUGCCGGUGGACCCGAAUGAGCCCACGUACUGCCUGUGCCACCAGGUCUCCUACGGAGAGAUGAUUGGCUGCGACAACACUGAUUGUUCCAUUGAGUGGUUUCACUUUGCUUGUGUGGGCCUGACCACCAAGCCCAGGGGAAAAUGGUACUGUCCCAGAUGUUCACAGGAACGUAAGAAGAAGUGAACCUUCUUUUGAAGAAGAAGGGGAAAAAAAGAGAGAUACGAAAUAUGGAAGAGAACGAGAUGGAAAGAAAAGGAAAUGAGGUGCAAAGCGCCUCCACCCCAACACACUCUCUGUUUCUCUCUCUAUCUCUCUCUCUCUCUCUCUCUCUCUCUCUGUUUCUGUUUCUCUCUGUGUCUCUCUCUCUCUUUCGCUGUCUCUCUCUCUCUCUCUCUGUUUGUUUCUCUCUGUCUCUCUCUCUAUAGACACUAAUCUAGAUUCAUGCUCUGCUUAAUCUGGUGCUUGUCCUCCUCCCUUCUAUCCUCACUUUCUUCUCUCUGUAUAACAGAAAGCAGGGAUGAAGGACGGAUGGACGGAGGAGCUGUAGUUUUAACUGUAGCUUAAUUUAUGUCUCCAGUAAUGAUCGUUACUUGUAUUUUUGUUAUUUUUUGUUGCUUUUUUUUUUAUUUUAUAUAUAUAUAUAUAUAUAUAUAUAUAUAUAUAUAUAUAUAUACAUACAUGUUUAUUUUAUUUUGAAUUGUUCGGUUUUGCUUUUUAAAGCGUUUUCCUUUGUACAGUUACACAAACACAGCAGUAGAUGAAAUCAGGGAGCACGACACUCAGAUACGCUAUUUUACUAGACUUGCUGUUCUUUACCAAACGGUUUUCAAGUCAAACACUGGCACAAGACGAACCUGUACACAAACCUAGUUCUUCUUAGAGACUGUUUUUAAAUCUCCGACAUUCUCCUUUCGUUUUUCAUUCCUUGGGGAUUGGUAUUUUUAUUAUUUCUUUUCCCGUCAGUAUCGGAUACGUGCGUCCACGUCGGCUAUCUUUCCCCAUUCGGAACCAGUAUUUGGGGGAUACACACACACACACACACACACACACACACAACGCACAUAAACCAGUGACUUUCACUUGUAGGACGCUAAUCCACAUUUCAGGUUUAUUCCACAACUAGCUGCUGUGAAGGAAAUUUCCUCUGGUGCUCAUUAACGUUCACUAUUCAACGAACGGAACUUUCCAGAUUCGAAAGGAUGAUGCUAGCGCAAAAGCGGCGAAGAAGUGCUUUUUACAUUUCACCUAAACGACGCCUUCGUGUUAUUAAUCCCGCUGUAAACUCUCUGAUAUGGAUUUAUGUUAUUCAGUUUGACUGGAUCUUGGUGCUGUUAGGGAUCUUAGAUCAUAGGUGAUCGCUUAAAGGGCAUGAACGUCAUGGUUACACUCGUGCUAAUCUCUCCAUCACGUGGCUGGUGCCAGAGGUUAAGGUGCUGUUCUCUGUAAAUCACGACCUUCUUAUUUAAAAAAAAAAAACAAACAAAAAAAAACUCGGUUUCGAUAUUUAAUACGUCGUUUUGCUAACACUUUAUUUGAAGGGUACCUACGUAGGGUCUGUAAGACAUCCAUAAGCUAUGCAUAAAUGUUUUAUAAGGCAGCGCUGGAUGAAAGGUUCGGGUCGAAACCCCGGUGAGGUUUUGUGUGACGGAGAGAGGUCGAGCGCUCAUUAGCAUGACUGUUGUUCAUUUCAGAUUAUUGCUUUGUUUUUUAUUAACAGGACAGUGAAGAGAUGUCCGCUGGCUACAGAGCGGCGUUUUCAAUACUAACUGAAGUACCGCUAGAGUUUGUAGGAUUUUAAUAUAUAUAUGUAUUGUUAUCGUAAAUGAACAGUUUGAACCUCUGAUGGUUCAGGGAUCUUAUGUGUGAUAUGACAGUCCCCCCCCCCUCCUCCCUUUCUCUCUCUUGCCCUCUCUCUCUCUCCUUCUCCAUCUCUCUCUCUCCCUCCCUAUACCUCUUACUAUCUCUCUCCCUUUCUCCUUAUCUUUACCCCUCUCUCUCUCUCGCCGUCCCUCCCUAUACCUCUUACUAUCUCUCUCCCAAUCUCUCUCCUUAUCUUUACCCCCCCUCUCUCCGUGCCUCUCUCUCUCUCUCUCUCCCUCCCUAUCCCUCUCUCCCUCCAUCUCUCUCUCUCUCCUUGCCUCCCUCUCUCUCUCUCUCUCUCUCUCUCUCUCUCCUUGCCCCUCUCUCUCUCUCUCCCUCCCUCUCUCUCUCUCCCCAUCGCUCCAUUGAGUUGGUUUCAUUUUGCUUGUUUAGGCGUGAAAAGGUUCAUUUUUAUCUUUGAUUUUUUUUCCCUGAGAAGGAGAUGAUAAUUAUGUAAUUGAAUCUUUUUAAUAGUUUUCAGUACAAAUUGAAUAAAGCAAUGAAGCACUUGACUUCUGUAAGAAGUAGCUGCAGUAAAUCCUCCUAAAAACAGGGCAGAUGGACACUACAGACCACAGAAUAACUUAACAGUUUAAAAAGGUCAGUAUUUUACUGAGGUAAAGACCAAGCAUUAAAUUACACGACAGGUAUCACAAAAUCUUACAGGUUUCGACCCGGAAUCCUCUGGUAUCGCUCUGUAAAAGAUUUAUCCCAGUUUUAAAUAAAGUGUUCCCCGUAGUUUCUCGUAGCUCUUUAAUUCAGUGUGCUUAUUCCGGCUGAUUUGCUGUCUCCAGGCAUCGUGUGUGUUAGUAGAAUCUGAUCUCAGCCUGAAGGUGGAGUUUUGCAUGAAGUGUUAGUGAAGGUACUCUGACUGUAAAUUUGAUUGUUCCAGAAGUUUAUACUAAUGUCAGAUGCUCUGUUUAGUGUCUUCCAUGUUGACUGAACAACGCUGAUGUCUGAAACAGA